AUAAAAGUGGAAAGGAAGAAGGAAAGGAACGCGGCGCGUCAGAGGGAGCAGCAGCAGCAGCAGCAGCGGCAGCAGCAGCCAGCAGCAGCAGCCAGCCAGCCAGCCAGCCAGCUAGCAGCGGCUCGAAAGGCGGCGAGAAAGAGAGAGGGAAAGCACGCUACGAGCCAUGCCGCACAGUCUCGCCUGAACAAAGGAAGGCUCCCUCAACCGAGGGUCGAUUCCGAUCGACGAACCGUUGGUCCCCCUUCGUUAGUCUUCGCCGCGCCUCGUGCGGCACGAGUGUGUACGAAGCGGUCAGUCACGUAGCAGCGGCCGAGCCGUGCGGAACAAAGAGCGGAAGAAUUGGAAGGAGAACGGCAGAGAACGAGUAGCGAGCGUGCGUGCGUCUGCGAACCGGCUCGCCGGUGAACGAUACACACGAAGGAAAAAGGCGGACCAGAGAAUAAUACGACAGUAGUUUUGACGAUAUACUCGUGCGCUCUCCGAGGGUUCUCAAUUGAUCGAUAUACAUGUAUAUAUAUAUGUGUGUAUAUAAAAUAUACACAUACGUAUCAUACAUAUAUAUAUAAAUUUAUAUUGUAUAUAUAUAUGUACAUACACUACCGCAUCAUUUGAACACGAAGGAAAUUCUCUGUUCCCUCGUCAAUUUUUCCAUCCGAAUCGGCUCGGCUCGUGUACGGUACGUUUUGACAUCGACUUCAUCGCUCAUCCCAUCUCAUCAAUUCAAAUUGUGUCGAAGAAGCUUGUUUCCCGUGGAACCGGCCGAGGAAACGUUUGGUUCAACGCGUGUGUGCUUUCUAAGGUGCUUUCGUAUAUUCAAGUUCAAGCCUGUCCGGUGGGUCGGUGACGAGCCGCAGGGACAUCGAAGGACACGGAGUUGAAUUUUUGACUGACAGUUUUGUGCGUGCGUGCGUGCGUGCGUGUGUUCGACGUACCGGCAACCUAACCUAACGACCGCACACUCCACGAGAGAGCAGCCGCACCAGUGAUCGACGAUCGUCGUUGUGCCCCAUGUACGCGUCGAUAGUAAAAUAAAAAAGAAGAAAGGAGAAGAGAGGAAACCGAUCUUCGCGUGUGUGUCGCCACAAAGUGCUAACGAAGCUCGACAGUGUAACGGAGAAGAAUCCGGAUAAAGACCAAAAAGAGAAAGAGUAAUACAGGGAAAAAAGUGACUAGAAGCGCGACGUCUUUAUCUCCCUCUUUGUGUGACAUGUGCCACAGAUACACGGUGCGAGUUUGAAAAGUAGAGGGCCCCUCUCGUCGAAAUAUAAAAGCGGUGUGUACCUCCGUUCGACUACCUACGGAUUAUCCUCGUUUUUACGGGAUGCCGGUUGACUGAAGAUGGCCUCGCCGACACUCUCGCUGGAAUCGCGCGCGAAUUCCAUCGGGUCCCUGGCCUCGCUGUCACCGCUUACAGUAAGCGGCAGUUCUCCGCCUGCGAGCGACUCGGCGAUCUGCGACGUCGACAGCUGCGAUCUCUGCCUCGACUCACAGAAACCUGGGGAGGCGCCCUGCCCGCGUUGCCGAUUGGGAGGCGCCGGCGGCGUACGCUGCACCGGCUGCAAGUCGACCGAAUCCGACGCCGUAGCUCGUUGCAUAGACUGCGCGAACUUCCUUUGCCCGAACUGCGUGAUGGCGCAUCAGUUUAUGCACUGUUUCGAGGGUCACCGAGUCUUGAACCUCGGCGACUCGAAGCUGGAAACGGUGACCAGCUCCGCGAGCACCGAGCUGCCUAAGAACAGCCUGGUGAUCAACGGCGGGAACGGGAACGGCGAGAAGGUGCCCUAUUGUCCACGUCACAAGCAAGAUCUUCUCAAGUACUUCUGCCGCACCUGCACCGCCCUGGUGUGCAAGGAGUGCACCAUCACCGAUCAUCCGGCUCCUUUGCACGACUGCGCGCACAUCUCCGAGGUCGGCACGCAACAGCUAGACGCGAUGGCUAGAGUGGUGCAAGAGUGCAGAGCUAAAGCAGCGGAUGUCAGGGCCGCGGUGAAAGCAGCGGAUCAUGGAGCAGCAAGGCUGCAGGUGCAGUACCACAAAGCGCAGAACGAGAUCAACGACACCUUCCAGUUCUACAGGUCCAUGCUCGAGGAACGGAAGCAAGAGCUGCUGAAGGAGCUCGAAUCGGUGUUCUCCACCAAGCAGAUCUCCCUCGGUGUGCUCACGCAGAAGGCUAACGAAAUGGCGGACAAGAUCCUGCAGACCUGCGAGUUCGUCGAACGUCUAACCAAAUACACUACCGUCACCGAAGUGCUGAUGGUCAAGAAGCUUCUAGAUUCGAAGCUUCAGCUGCUGUUGAACUAUACGCCGGAUAUUGGCAGUCAGACGGUCGAUCUCGAGUUCGUCAGUAACUAUCAGGCGAUCCAAGUGGGCGUACGGAACACGUUCGGAUACGUUCGCAGUAACAAUGAGAGCAACGCUGGGCCCAUCGGCAAGCAACCGCCUAUCGCUCGACCGACCGCGUUGUCCAGUAACGGCAACAACGGCAGUAACUCCAGCAACGGACCCAGCACUGGAUCCUUGGGCGGUCUCCUGUUGGAUAGACCGUACAGCAACGGCCUGAUACCUUCUACCUCAACCUGUGCUUCAUCCACCUCGCCGUCGUCGUUCGACACCAACAGCAGCGUGAUCACGAAACGUUUCAGCUCGGCGAACAGUCUGGGACCGUUCUCGACGGCGAUCAGCGACCUGAACCUGAACGGGAUCAACGCGAACCCAUACGAAAAGUGGAGCAACGGCGGCAACGACGCUUAUCCGGUAGUAACCACGAACGAUCAUUUCUCGAUGCCAACGUCCGCGGCCGCAGCAGCGAAUGCAGCAUCCGGCGACUCGGUCCUAGAUCUAACCUCGAAGUUGAUGUCCGCCGCGGCGAUCUUCCCUCCGAAGUCCCAGAUCAAACGUCAGAAGAUGAUCUACCACUGCAAGUUCGGAGAGUUCGGCGUGAUGGAGGGUCAGUUCACCGAGCCGUCCGGCGUCGCGGUGAACGCGCAGAACGACAUCAUCGUCGCGGACACGAACAACCAUCGCAUCCAGAUCUUCGAUAAGGAGGGCAGGUUCAAAUUCCAGUUCGGAGAGUGCGGCAAACGGGAUGGUCAGCUGCUGUACCCUAACCGCGUCGCGGUGGUGAAGACGUCCGGCGACAUAAUCGUGACCGAACGCUCGCCCACUCACCAGAUACAGAUCUACAACCAGUACGGGCAGUUCGUGCGCAAGUUCGGCGCGAACAUUCUGCAGCAUCCGCGCGGCGUCACCGUCGACUCGAAGGGCCGGAUCGUGGUGGUCGAGUGCAAGGUGAUGCGCGUGAUCAUCUUCGACCAGGCCGGCAAUGUGCUCCAGAAAUUCGGUUGCUCCAAGCAUCUCGAGUUCCCGAACGGAGUGGUCGUGAACGACAAACAGGAGAUCUUCAUCAGCGACAAUCGGGCGCACUGCGUGAAGGUGUUCAAUUACGACGGGGCGUAUCUGCGCCAAAUCGGCGGAGAGGGGAUCACGAACUACCCAAUCGGCGUCGGGAUCAACGCGAUAGGGGAGAUCUUGAUCGCGGACAAUCACAACAACUUCAAUCUGACGAUUUUCACCCAGGACGGCCAGCUGGUGUCCGCCCUCGAGAGCAAGGUGAAACACGCUCAAUGCUUCGAUGUCGCAUUAAUGGACGACGGAUCGGUCGUGUUGGCCAGCAAGGAUUACCGGCUCUACAUUUAUCGUUACGUACAAGUACCACCGAUCGGCAUGUAGAGCAGCGAGCCGCAGCGACGCCGACAAUGAUCGUCGAUCGCCGGUCAAUCGACCGUCGGUCGUUGCCCCCCAUUAUUCUCGCCGGGAUUGUUUUCGACGGCCCGCGCGCACCCGGGCCUGGAUCUCAUCGGUCUUUUAUUAUAUACGUAUAUAUAUAUAGACUUUUUUUUCUUU